AUGGCUCUAAUCAACGUUGGGAAUGCCAGAAUCCAAGGCAUGGCAGGAGAGCUAGGUCUCAACCAAGGCUACCGCUGGAACUGGGUGACGUCCAUCUUCUACAUUGUGUAUAUGUUUGUCGAGGUGCCGAGCAAUAUUCUAUUGAAGAAGCUCGGCCCCGAGUUCUACCUGCCGCUCUUGGUGUGUGGCUUUGGGCUUGUCUCGCUGUGCAGUGCCUUUGUGCAGAGCUUCCAGGGACUGCUGGCUGCCAGAGCCUUUCUCGGAGUAUUUGAGGGGGGUGUCAUGCCAGGUCUCGCCUUCUUCAUAUCCUGCUUCUACAAGCGUGAGGAGCUCUUGUUCCGCAUCGGCAUCUACGUCUCUGCUGCGUCCAUGGCUGGAGCCUUUGGCGGCCUGCUCGCCACUGUGUAG